AUGUGUUCCAUCCCUGGUCUUCCAUCGCCUGGUUCAGAUGUGUCUGUACAUAUAACCAGAAUACAUUUGAACCCUCUCUGCAUACUGGUGGAGUUUUGGGGCAAUUUUGAUCAAGAUCAGAAGCUUGCAUAUCAGCGAAUGAGAAAGGAGAUACAGUUCCCCAAAGAUGCAUUUCAUGGUUCGGAGGGAAAUCCGGGUGACUUGUGUCUUGUGCGGAUUUAUGAAACUUGGUAUAGGGCACGGAUAGUAUCAAGAAAUGGUUCGCUUUACAGUGUGUUUCUCAUUGAUGAAGGCAGAACCUUGCGUGCUACUACCAACACACUGGCAUGGGGUCAGAGUGACUACUUCCAUCUACCUCCAGAGGUUGAGUUCUGUGUUCUUGCCAAUGUCUUGCCUCUCUCACCAGAGAACAAAUGGUCACCGAUGGCCUUUGAAUUCUUGAAGACCAUUUGUGGUAGAACAGUGAAAGCAUUUGUUCAAGAUGUUUUGGUACCACAUCGAACAUUCCUGCUUGACAUACCUGGCCUGUCCAGGCAGUUGUAUGAAAUGGGACUUGCAAGGACAUUGUCUGUUGAAAGGUUCAAGGAGUUUGUUACAAGAUCAUUGCAGUCCCAAACUGAAUCAGUGGAGGGUGAAAAGAUUUCAUCCUUGAGGAGCGAACCAGCAGAGGUUACUGAACAAAUCGAGAAACAUCAGUGCUACAUGUAUCCAGAGUUACACAAUGAAACUGUGGAAACAGUCAUUGUCACAGAGGUUACAAAUCCAUUCCGGAUCUUCUGUCAGUUGAAAGUUUUUUCUCAAGAGCUUAAGAAACUAACUGAUCAGAUUACUUUCCAUUAUGAAGGAAGACUUGGAAAGAGUUAUUUGAAACCAGAGGUUUUGGGUUCCCCAUGUGCCGCAAGAGGAAGUGAUGGCAAGUGGUAUCGGUCUGUGAUAAAGCAGGUCAUGUCAUCCAGCAGUGUAGUGGAGGUGCUGCAUGUGGACUAUGGGAGGAAGCAGUCAGUCCAAGUGGAAAAUGUCAGACCUUUAGCUUCUGAAUUCUUCAGAAUGCCAGUUGUGACUUAUGUGUGCUCCCUACAUGGAGUGACUGACAGAGGUGUUGGAUGGACAAGAUCGCAGAUUGAUUAUCUGAAGUCCUUGCUUCUCAACAGGACUGUAAUUGCCAAAUUUGAGUAUCAAAGCCUUUCAGAAGGAGUCCACUAUGUCACAUUGUACGGGGAUGGAAAUACAAACAUCAAUAAUCUAUUCAGUCUGAGGCAGAAGUCUUUAGUGAAGUCAGAUGAUUCCCAGGGAGACUAUUUACUUUGCAAGCACGUUGCACCUCAGAAGUGUCAGAACUUGAAGGCUGAUGCAAAAUGCACAAAUCCACUGUCUUCAGGGCAUUUUGAUGAACAGGAACCAUUUUCCAUAGAUAGCAUACCACUGAACUCAUCCCACCUAGCAGUUGUGCAUCAUGUUGAAAGUCCAUCUAAAUUCUGGGUUCAAACACAGCGUUUCACUGCAGAGUUUGAUCAACUAAUGACUGACCUAGCAGAGCUAUAUAGUGAUCUGGACAGUGCUGAGGGAGUAAUCAGGGAUCCAGUGCCUGGUCUCUUAUGUGCGGCUAAAUCACAGGAUGAUGCUUUCUAUAGAGCUGUUAUCCAUGAGGUUUUGGACGAGAAGGCAAAGGUAUACUUUUUUGACUAUGGAAACUCAGAGAUUGUUGAUUGCUUUAGCCUUCGAGUGUUGCCCACCUUGUAUCAAAAAUUACCGGCUCUUGCAUUAAAGUGUACACUGUCAGACAUUAGACCAAAAGGUGAUCGUUGGAGUCAGAGGGCAACAUUAUUAUUUUCAAAAACAGUUGCUGACCGAGUCCUUAAUUUGCAUGUGUGUGACAAGUCUCAGGACACGUAUGUUGUCCGGUUAAGUGAUCCAGCUCUAGAUGGAGAGAAAGAUCUGAGCAAGUUGCUAUGCAGUGCUGGUUUUGCAUAUGCUGAAAAGUUAAGAAAACCUGUGGAUAGUACAGCUUCUAGACCACAGAUAGUGUUUACAGAGCAAGACCCACAAUUGAGACCUGAUGUUUGCGAAACAAAUACUUGGCCUCUCCAAUCCCCUGCUCAUAAUCCUACUGCAACAGAGAGCAAAUCCUCAUUCAAGGAGUACCUGUUUCCAAUUGGAAGUUCAUUGGAGGUCAUUGUGUCUUACAUCGAAAGUCCAAAUGACUUCUGGUGCCAAAUGGCAAAUAAUGCUGGCUGUCUGAAGCUCCUAAUGCAAGACAUCCAAAAUUAUUAUGCUAACAGUGAAUUUCAGCAUCCUUUGGAAGCAGCAUGUGUUGCCCGCCAUCCAGAGAAUGGAUUGUGGUACCGAGCUUUGAUCAUCCAAAAGCACCCAACUCCCGAAGUCGAUGUGCUCUUUGUGGACUAUGGACAGACCAAGAGAGUUGCUGUGCAAGAGAUUCGCAGCAUAAAUCCGGCAUUUCUGAAGUUGAAGGGUCAAGCAUUUCGAUGCAGCCUGUAUAAUCUUAUCCAUCCAGCCUCUACUCUAGAUUGGAGUGCUGAUGCCACAGCACAGUUCCAGGAGUUUGUGGACGUAGCAGCUUCAAUGAAUGUUGUUUUGAAAUGCACCAUUUAUGCAGUCAUGUACGAUGCCCACAAAGUGGUUUUCAAUGUAGUGGAUCUGGAAACCCCUUUCCAAAGUAUCUGUAGUCUUCUUGUCCAGAGAGGGUUGGCCAACCGUGCUCCCCCUAAGAAAGCCCCUCUUCCACCUUUCCGCUUGGACACAUACUACUACUCCACACACAAUAUCAAAACUGGAUCAGAGGAGGAGGUCAGCAUUACCUGUGUGAGAAGUGUCAAUCAAUUCUAUUGUCAUCUUAGAAGAAAUUCCAAAGACAUAAAGAGGCUCUCAGACAAGGUUAACUACCUCUGUCGUCAACUGAAGUUCAUUGAGUGUCCCCAAACUUUUGGAACAGUUUGCUUUGCAAAGUACACAGAUGACCAGUGGUACAGAGGACAGAUUAAGUCAACUAAGCCGUCUAUUGUAGUAAACUUUGUGGAUUACGGAGACAUGCUGGAAAUCGAAAGGUCAGACUUGCUGCCAGUUCCCAUUGAAGCAGGUGAGAUAAUGUCAAUGCCUGUUCAGGCUGUUGAAUGUGGACUCUCUGACAUUCCAGAGGAUGUACAAAGUGAAGUAAACAGCUGGUUUGAGGACUACGUGAUUGACCGCUCCCUUAAAGCGUUGGUAGUGGCCAAAGACCCCAGUGGUAAACUGAUAGUUGAGCUUUAUGAUGGAAAAAGUCAAGUGAAUGCAAAGAUCCGAGAGAGAUUUCGUAUUGAGAUUGAGAGAGAGGAGGUCACAUCCAAGGGAAAGGAUUUCAGGAGUAAGAAAUCAGCAGAUGUGAAGGCUGAAAGGGCACCACAUGUGGAAGUUCAGCCUAGACAUGAAAACCCUACUCUUAGACAUAGGAGAGAGAAUUUGUCUGGACAACAAUGGAGCCAGGGAUACAAGGGAAAACGGAGUGCAUCAGAGCCGUUCAAGACCACAAAGAAACGCAGCAAUGACCAGAGGCAAGUUUCAUCACAGGAUGAGUCGGAGCAUGCUCAGACUCAGAGAAUGUGUUCACAUGUACCUGAGCAGGAGAACUCUAUAGUUGGUACAGACAAUAUGCAAACUCAUUCUAGACUGGGAGACCUUCCAUUAAAAAUCUUAAAACCUGGAAUGGAAGCUGACAUCUUUGUCUCUCAUUGCAAUAGUCCUUGGAGUUUCUUUGUCCAGUUGGCAACAGAUGAAGAUGAAAUCUACUCCCUAGUUGAAAAAUUGAACCAAACCCAGUUAGGUUCCGAGCACAUUGAUCUCAGUAACUUUUGUGAGGGUGACUUACUUAGUGCCAUAUUCCCUGAAGAUAACUCCUGGUAUCGCGCAGUGGUCAGAGAAAGGACUAACAGUGAUACAGUCAAUGUGGAGUUCAUUGAUUUCGGCAACACUGCAGAAGUUUCCGGUUCACAAAUUUGCGGACUAGCAAAAUCUUUCUUGGGUUUUCCCAGGUUUAGUAUUCACUGCUCUCUAAGUGAAGUGGAUGCAAUUAACGGUGAAGACAAGGACACUGUGUCUAUCUUCAAAAAUGAAAUAGCAGAAAAUGCUGCCACACUGAAGUGUCAGUUCAUCAAACAGACUGACACUAAGUGGGAGGUUAAACUUGAGGCCAGUGGUGCAGAGCUUGGACAUAAUUCAGUCUCUGAAGACAAUCGUGCAUUAACAACAAUGGAGCCAGAAAGCCUGUGUGCUGUCCAAGAGUUGCCUGCUGGUGAUACAGUUUGUAGUUUUUACCGAGAGAUGGAGAUGUCAGCUGGACAAACUUUAGAGGUUUAUGCCUCAUCCAUAGUUGGACCUCAGUAUUUUUGGUGUCAGUAUGCAGAAUCAGACAAGCUUCAAAAGAUUUCUGAUGAUGUUCAAAAAGCUGCUGAAAUACAGAAACCCUUGAGUAGACAGUCAUUGUCCCUUGGAAAUGCCUGUAUUGCACUUUUCACAGAGGACAAAUUGUGGUAUCGAGCAAAGGUGAUUUCCAAACAGGGUGAUAUGCUAUCUGUUUUGUUUGUUGAUUAUGGAAAUGAAUCAGAGGUGCAUGACAGUGAAGUAAGGGAACUGCCCACUGAAUUAGCUGAUGUGCCCCCUCAAGCAUUUGCAUGUCAGCUCGAGGGUUUUGACGUCUCAGAAGGGUCCUGGGUUGAUGGUGCUGCAGACCGGUUCUCAGACUCUGUAACUGAUAGACUUAUGAAGCUCACUGUUUUAAGAUUGGGAUGUACUGAAGACAAAGAAAUACCACAUUAUGUGAAAGUGGAAUGUGAUGAGCACGUCGUCAGUGACAUGAUGAAAGACUUUUGGAAGAGUUUCAAUAGUGAGGGAGUAUUUUCUGAACCUACUGAGGGAUCAAGCGAUCUUUCCAAUGAUCCUGCAGUCCUGGUUAGUGAUGUAAAAUGUCCUGAAGAGUCGAUUGAGAUAUCCAUGGAUCAUGAGUUCAGCUCUCAGAUUUCCGAAGCACAGCCCUCAGAACUAGACUAUUUAGAUGCCAACACAGAGGUCCUCAGUGAACAGGUCAUCACAGUUAAGGCUACAGGUGAAGUCGAGAGCUCAGCUGUAGAACAUAAUCUUGUAUGUGGUCAAAGGAACGAUGGAGAAUUUAGGUCUGAAAUGGAAAUAAAAGAGACUGAGGUGGAGGGAGAUGAGUCUUUGCCAGUUAAAACAGAUCUAGAUGGCUUUGAAGUAUAUGUGGAGAGAGGAGAGCCUGAAAAGAACACGAACACAAUUGAAGACUCAGAUUUUGGUACUACUUCCAAUAUCUCUGCUACCAAAGGUCAGUCACUUUCUGAAAUUACAGAAUGUCCAUCAGAGAGCCUACUACAUCUGCUUAGUGAUGUGGUAUGUUUGGUUCAGCCUGUCUCCUCCCAGCCAUUGUCACCUGAGUGUUCUGAUGAAUCAGGUGUCAGCCCGCCUUUCGUGAGCAUUGAUGCCCUACUGAAUGACUCUGAUUCUGCAUUAUACAUUGAUGAAAAACUGGAGCAGAGUUCACAAGAUCAGUCUCACAGUGACCUCUAUGAAGAUGUUUUCGGAGGUGCACUACCAGUAGAGAGUGUGGAGUCAGAGCAAGCUCUUGGUGAAGAAAAAGGAAUUGAUGAUAACCCAGAGGUCAUCAAGUCUGACCAUGGCAACCUGAGGAGGGCGACAAAGAUGUACCCUGUUGGCUCCGAAUGUGUUGUCUGGUCCCAUGCAAACAAAAAUUGGUGCCGAGCAAGGAUUUUAAAGAUCUCCUUGGAUUCUGUCUUGGUGCUUCUCUUGGAGCAUGACUCUGAGAUGGUAGUUGACCCCUUCAGCAUCUUUGAAAUUAUCUCAGAGGAACCAUCACAGGCUAAAAACGACGAGACAGAUGCUGAUGCAGACGGUCGACCUGAGGAGCCAAAAGGUGAAUGA